AUGCUUACGUUGUUUAUGUCGAUUACUGGUGGUGUCGAUUGGGAAUUUGCCAUGGAGCCGCUGAUGAGGCGCCCUGACCCGCUGGCUGCAGUGUGCCUGAUCAUAUACAUAACAAUAACCUGCUUCGCGAUUGUGAAUGUCGUGACGGCGAAUUUUUGUUCCACGGCAAUGGAGAGCACAGCUGCCGACAAAGACCUGGCCACCAUGAAACAACUUCAGAAGCACUCCUCGCAGGUAAACGACUUGCAAAACUUGUUCCACGACAUCGUGGGCAACUACGAGGACAAUGAGGUGAGCAUUCGGGACUUCAAGGCUGCCCUGUCCUCGCCGAAGUUCGCUGGCUUCCUGGAGUCCAUGAGCAUCUCCACUGAGGAUGUUGGCGUCCUGUUCACUUUCAUGGACACCGACAGGAGUGGCUUGGUCGACCUGGACGAGUUUGUGAACGGAUGCCUCAACUUGCACGGACCGGCCAAGAGCCUCCAGCGCCUCGAAAAGCCUCGAAGACAUGUGCAGCUGUCUUUGUUUCUCGCCUGA